AUGACAAAGGGUGCAGAAUUGUCACUUCAAGUACUACAGGAAGUCAAGGAAGGUGUACCGAUAUCACAGGUCGCUAGAAAGUACAAUAUCAAUGAGACUACAAUUAGAAGAUGGAAUAAGAAGCCAAUGGACAGAGACUCCAUUAAGGCACGUGCCAAGAAACAGGGAAGAAAGAGAAAGGUAGGAUCGGAUGUAGAGAACAGUGUGCUUCAGUGGAUUUCAAAUGCAAAGGGUUUCACAUUGCCUGGACUUGAUAGUGAUAGUCCUGCCAUGGAAAUUGACAAUGAACAUCAACAUCAACAUCAACAUCAACAACAACUUCAAGAUCCUCAGAAAUUAAUGGACAUGGACCAAAUCGUUGGGGAAGAUGAGGGUGACAUUGCCAGUGGAAGUGGUACUGGAAGUGUAACUGUUGAUCAACAACAACAACAUGAAAAUAUUCAUCAUAAUAAUCAUCAUCACCACCAUUCACAACAAGAAGAUACCAACAAUGUUGAGAAUGAAGUAGUUGAAAAUGAACAACAUCAACCUCAACAAAGAGAUGGAGAUGGUGGAGAAUCACAUCAAAUUGAAAGUGAACAACAACAACAAGAUAUUCAAGAUCCUCCAGCUGUCCAUGAGGAUCAAGAGGAAUUGCAACAGCAACAACAUAUGAUUGUUGUUGAUCAGUGUCAACAGGAGUUGGAGAAUAUGUCAGGCAACAAAGGUGAUAUCAAUUCCAUUACCAUUCAACAAUAUAUUUUCGAGAAGUUCAAGAUCGAGUUGACACCAUCGAGACCGAAAGCAGUUGUUCACAAGCCACCUGCACCCGCCACCAUCGAGCCAACUCAACCAAAGAGAAAGCGCGCCAAGACAACAACAUCGUCAUCAUCAUCAUCUACUUCUUCAUCUCAGAGAGCCAAAGGUAAAUCCAGUAGAAAGUCUGCAGCGGCUGCAGCGGCGGCAAACAACAACACUUCCGAUGCUCAACCAUUGGAUUCAUCGGCAGAGAUUGUUUUGGGUGAGGAGAUCAUUGAUGAUCACUCCAAUGCAAUCACCUCAACCACAUCGACCACUACAUCUACCACUACCUCAACAACGACAACAACAACAUCAACAACACCCUCGCAUAUAUAUCAUUCCUCACCAACAAGCUUUAGAGCACGUAGACAUGUUCCAUUCCAUAUAUUCUCACACCAAGAUACUUCUCAUAUCGAACAUCAACAUCACAUUGACCAACACCAACAACAACAACAAAUUGAACAGCAUGCACACCACGAACAACAUGCACAACAUGAACAACAUGAGCAUCAUGUUACUGAGACCGAACAGGGCACAUCUCCUGAAGUGAUCGGAGAGGAACAUCCACAGCAUGUCCAUGAGCAACAAGACCAACAACAGAUCCUACAUGAACAGCUUCAACAUGAUCAAAUGGAACAACAAGAACAAGUCAUCCACCUUGAACAACAACAAGUACAACAACAACAAGAACAAGAGCAGGAGCAAGUGCAAGAGCAACAAGUCAUCCACCUUGAAGAACAACAAGAGCAACAAGUACAAGAGCAACAGGAUAUCCACCUUGAAGAACAACAACAAGUACAACAACAGCAAGAACAAUUACAUGAGCAGCAAGCACAGGAGCAACAAGUCAUCCAUCUUGAGCAAGUGCAAGCACAGGAUCAUAUGCAAGAAGAUCAACAACAUAUUCAAGAUGAACAUGCUCUACAGCAACAACAUGAGCAAGAACAAGUACACCAAGGACAACAUGUAGUUCAUGAACAUGACCAACAACAACAACAACAGCAAUCCAACGAGCAACAAGUGGUUGAGCAUAUUCAAGUACAGCAUCAAGAGCACGCCAUGGUUGAAGAACAUCAACAACAUCAGCAUCACAUAGAUGAGCAACAACAUCUAUUGCACCAAGAGCAACACAUGGAUAUCCAACAACAACAACAACAACACGAUCCUAAUCAACAGCAAGACCAAGUCGAAGUGCAUCACAUUCAACAAGAACCAGAACAAGAGCAAGAACAAGAACAAGUACAUCCAAACUUUGGUAUCUAUGUCGGUAUGAUAGUUCUACAGGCAAAUCCAGAUGAAGAGCAACCUAUGGAUCAACACCAUAUGGUGGAGGAACAACAACCACAACAACAACAACAUAUGAUAAUGGUACAGGACGAGCAUCACAUACACCAUCAUCAUCAUCUGAAUCACCAUGAACAUAUUCAAUAUACAGAACAGACUGUUGUUGAGGGUAUGCCAGCAGAUCACCAACAUCAACACCAACAACAUAUAGAGCAACAAGAACAUCACAUUCACCAUCAGCAACACCAACAACAUGAAAUUGUAAAUAAUAAUACAGAAACCAUUUAUCACGAUUACCAACAACAAGAACAAGAACAACAAGCACCUGUAACAUAUGAUAAUCAUUUAGAACAUCAAACAACUCAACAUAAUGACCAACUGAUACAUAAUGAACAACAGCAAGAACAUCACGAUCAUCAUGAACAACAAACUCAAGAGAUGGAACAAGAGCAUGCACACGAACAUGUAGAAAAAGUAGAAGAAGAAGUCUUAGUUGGAGAAGAACCAUCAACAUAA